AAAAGAUAAUAUAAAAUUCGACUAUUUUCACAAUAUAUAUACUCUACCUACCCUCAUCAGCAUUUGAAAAAACGUUACAGAGUGAGAUCGAGAAAGAAAGAAUCACGGAAACACUUAAUAACUUUAUUCUUCUAUAAUCACCAUUCACAGCAAUUGCAACUCUGAAAAGUGAGAACUCCUUUUCUCCUCCACAAUUCUGAUUCAACUUUAAGCGAGCGAGUGAACCAUGGCAGACAACAACAACAACAACAACAACAACAACAACACAGAGCCACCUUUACAUUCUACAUCUUCACAAGAACAACAGAAUGAUGAAGGAGCUGCAACCAAAAGAAAAUCCAACAAGAACAAGAAAGUUGCGUUCUACAAACUGUUUGCAUUCGGUGAUCGUCUUGACGUGACGUUGAUGAUCAUUGGCACCAUCUGCGCCGCCGCUAAUGGAAUGACGCAGCCUAUGAUGACCCUCAUAUUCGGGAAGCUCGUCAAUACUUUUGGUUCCACAGAUAAAUCCAGAAUUGUCCAUGAAGUGACUAAGGUUGUGUUACUAUUUGUUUACCUGGCUGUGGGAUCCGGAAUAGCUUCAUUUCUACAGGUAUCUUGUUGGAUGGUAACAGGAGCAAGACAAGCCACAAGGAUCCGUGGCUUGUACUUGAAAACCAUAUUGAAGCAGGACAUUGCCUACUUUGACACUGAAACCACAACUGGUGAAGUGAUUGGGAGAAUGUCUGGUGACACCAUUCUCAUUCAAGAUGCCAUGGGAGAAAAGGUUGGGAAGUUUAUUCAACUGGCUUCAACUUUUCUUGGUGGCUUUGUGAUUGCCUUCAUAAAGGGAUGGCAACUGGCUGUAGUUUUGCUUGCAUGUAUACCGUGUGUUAUCACUGCUGGUGCAGUCAUGUCCAUAAUGAUGUCUAAAAUGUCAGCUCGUGGCCAAGCUGCUUAUGCAGAAGCAGGAAAUGUUGUUGACCAAACAGUGGGAGCCAUUAGAACGGUUGCAUCUUUUACCGGCGAGAAAAGAGCAACAGAGAAUUAUAAUAGCAAGCUAAAAAUUGCUUAUAAAUCCAUGGUUCAACAAGGAAUUGCCUCAGGUUUGGGAAUGGGAGUGCUUUUGAUGAUUACCUUCUGCACCUAUGGACUUGCCAUGUGGUAUGGUUCCAAACUGGUUAUUGAGAAAGGAUUCAGUGGUGGAAAUGUCUUGACUGUAAUCAUAGCUCUUAUGACUGGGGGAAUGUCAUUGGGUCAGGCAUCCCCAAGCCUAAAUGCAUUUGCUACAGGACAAGCAGCAGCAUAUAAGAUGUUUGAGACAAUUAAGAGAAAGCCUAAAAUUGAUGCUUAUGACACCAGUGGCGUUGUCUUGGAAGACAUUAAGGGCGAUAUUGAACUCAAAGAUGUUUACUUCAGCUACCCUGCAAGGAAGGAUGUGCAGAUCUUUGCUGGAUUCUCAUUAUCUGUUCCCAGUGGCACAACUGCUGCUUUAGUGGGUCAAAGUGGAAGUGGGAAGUCUACUGUAAUCAGUUUACUAGAAAGAUUCUAUGAUCCUGAUUCUGGAGAAGUACUUAUAGAUGGUGUGAAUUUGAAGAGUUUUCAAGUUAGAUGGAUAAGAGAACAGAUUGGGCUGGUUAGUCAAGAACCUAUCUUGUUUACAGCUAGUAUCAAAGAGAACAUAGCUUACGGGAAAGAAGGCGCAACUGAUGAGGAGAUAAAACAAGCAAUAACACUUGCCAAUGCCAAAAAUUUCAUUGACAAGCUCCCUCUGGGCCUUGACACAAUGGCAGGGCAGAGUGGGACUCAACUUUCUGGAGGGCAAAAGCAAAGAAUUGCGAUUGCAAGGGCGAUUUUGAAGAACCCGAGAAUCCUUCUCCUUGAUGAAGCAACAAGUGCACUGGAUGCUGAGUCUGAACGUGUUGUUCAAGAAGCAUUGGAAAAAGUGAUGACAAAAAGGACUACUGUGGUUGUUGCGCAUCGCUUGACGACCAUUAGAAACGCUGACACCAUAGCCGUGGUUCAUCAGGGAAAAAUCGUGGAAAAAGGAACUCAUGAUGAGUUAAUCAAGGAUGCUGAUGGUGCUUAUUCUCAGCUCAUUCGUCUACAAGAAGGAGAAAAAGAAGCUGAAGGUAGCCGGAACUCAGAUGCAGAUAACAGUUUAAAUUUAGAUAGUCACAUAACUCGAUCUUCCAGCCAGAGAACACCCUUUGUGAGAUCAACAAGCCAUGGUUCAUCCGCAAGUAGACGCUCCCACUCACGUAGCUUUUCUCGAAGAUUUUCAAUUGUGUCCGGAGAAAUAGAACAAGGGGAUAUUGAAAAAUGCCAUCCUGAUAAUAACAAGCCCAAAAAGGUUUCUUUAAAACGUUUGGCCUACUUGAAUAAGCCUGAGGUUCCUAUCUUACUACUUGGAUCCUUUGCUGCAAUAGUACACGGUGUGGUGUUUCCAAUAUUUGGCGUCUUGUUUUCAUCGGCCAUUACUAUGUUCUUUGAACCUCCAGAAAAGCAGAAGAAAGAUGCAAGAUUCUGGGCACUCCUAUAUGUUGGUUUAGGUUUAGUUACUCUGGUGGUUAUACCUCUUCAGAACUACUUAUUUGGGAUUGCUGGUGGAAAACUUAUAGAAAGAAUUCGUUCAUUGACAUUCAAAAAGGUUGUGCACCAAGAAAUCAGUUGGUUUGAUGACCCUGCGAAUUCAAGUGGUGCAGUUGGUGCAAGGUUGUCUACUGAUGCUUCAGCAGUGAAAAGUCUUGUUGGUGACACCUUGGCCCUCAUUGUACAAAACAUAACAACAAUUACAGCAGGUGUAAUCAUAGCACUCACUGCUAAUUGGGCACUUGCUUUGAUAGUUAUAGCCGUCUCACCAGGAAUCCUUGCACAAGGAUACCUUCAGAUGAAGUUUCUUAAAGGAUUCAGUGCGGAUGCCAAGGAGAAAUAUGAAGAGGCAAGUCAGGUGGCAAAUGAUGCUGUUGGUAGCAUCAGAACUGUUGCAUCAUUUUGUGCGGAGUCGAAGGUGAUGGACAUGUACCAGAAGAAAUGUUCAGGGCCAGAAAAACAAGGUGUUCAGUCGGGGCUUGCAAGUGGUGCAGGAUAUGGUUUCUCAUUUUUUCUUCUACACUGCACAAAUGCUUUAUGUUUCUAUGCAGGAUCUCGUCUUGUGGCGAGGGGGCAAGCAAAUUUUGCUGAGGUUUUCAGGGUUUUCUUUUGUUUAACAAUCACAGCUAUUGGGGUUUCCCAGUCAAGUGCCUUGGCACCAGACACAGCCAAGGCCAAAGAUUCCACUGCUUCAAUAUUCGAAAUUCUUGACAGAAAACCUACAAUUGACUCCAGCAGCAAUAAGGGCAAAUCACUAGAAAAUGUUGUUGGUGACAUUGAACUUCAACAUGUCAGCUUUAGCUACCCAUCAAGGCCUCAUAUUCAAAUUUUCAAGGAUUUGAGCUUAAGCAUUCCAUCUGGAAAGACUGUUGCAUUGGUUGGAGAAAGUGGUAGUGGAAAAUCAACAGUUAUCAGCCUCUUAGAGAGAUUUUAUAACCCUCACUUUGGAAGCAUCCUACUUGAUGGAGUGGAUAUCAAAGAGUUAAGAUUAAGCUGGUUGAGGCAGCAAAUGGGUUUGGUUGGUCAAGAGCCAAUUCUUUUCAAUGAAAGCAUUCGCGCUAACAUUGCUUAUGGCAAAGAGGGUGGUGUUGCCGAUGAUGAGAUAAUUGCAGCAGCUCAAGCAGCCAAUGCACACAACUUCAUAAGUUCUCUUCCAAAUGGUUAUGAUACCUCAGUUGGAGAAAGAGGUACACAAUUGUCUGGAGGGCAAAAGCAGCGUAUUGCCAUUGCAAGAGCGAUGCUGAAGGGCCCCAGAAUCCUUCUACUUGAUGAGGCAACUAGUGCACUUGAUGCUGAGUCGGAACGCGUAGUUCAAGAGGCGCUGGACAAAGUCAGUGUGGACAGAACUACUGUGGUGGUAGCUCAUCGUCUAACAACAAUAAGAGGGGCUGACGUUAUAGCAGUGAUUAAAAAUGGGGUGGUUGCUGAAAAGGGAAGGCAUGAUGCGUUGAUGAAGAUCACUGGUGGAGUUUAUGCUUCAUUGGUAUCUCUACAUUCAAGUGCAUCAUGAUAUCAAAUUUCAUCUAAACAGUAGAGAUCAUAGAAGAUGGUCUUUAACUAAGGACCAGAAACGAAUCAAGACUUCCACAUUACUUGUAUUUCAAGGACAAAGUUGUUAAUGAUAUUUCUAAUUGGUGGAACCUACUAUAUUCUUAUUUGGCAUUUAUUUUAGCAUGAAUUUUGGUGUUUUGGCUUUUGAUAAUGUCUUUCCACUAUAAUGUAUUGUCUUAAUGAACUAACUAUAAUGUAUUCUCUUAAUUCAACUCACGGAACA